AUGUCACAUUUAACAAGUUCAUUAGCAGAAAGUCAAGCUCUUUAUUUAGAUCCAGCGAUCAGAGAUUGGGUUCUAUUGCCGAUUAUGGUAGUGAUGGUGUUAGUAGGAAUAUUUAGAGAUCAAGUAACAGUUUUACUAGGAGGAACGUCAACGCAAAAAAAAAUGACACUUAAAGCUAUUAGGGAAACAAGGGUAUUGACGCGUGGUGCAACUCUAAGAAGUUAUGGGAAUCACAUACCACCAUUGUCAUUUCAAAACAGAAAAACAUAUUUAUCAAAUGCAUUAAAAAAAGGAGAUUAUUUAAAGAAUCCAGCGGCAGCAAAUCAAAUGGUUAAUCCUAUGACAGAUCCUCAAGUUAAACUACCAUUUCCACUUACAUUAAGAUUUAAAUCAAUGUUACAAAGAGGAGUUGAGACACCAGAUAUGGAUGUGACUUGGGUAUCGUCGUUAUCAUGGUAUUUUUUGAAUUUAUUUGGAUUGAGAAGUAUUUUUACAUUAUUAUUAGGCGAAGGAAAUUCAGCAGAUGGUGUUAGGGACAUGACAGCAAUGUCACAAAUAGGUGCGCCGGCAGCAGGCCAACCACAAGAUUUUGCUAAAUUACACUUGGCAGAACGUGAAAAUUUAGAAUUAACUACUCAUAAUUGGGAAUUGGAAGAUAUCGAGUAUAGAUUGUUAGUAUUGUAUGGUAAAAGAAAACCAAGGUCUAAUAAUGGUGGUGAUAAUAAUAAAAAUGAAAAAAUUGAUUAUAAUGAGAAAAAUAGUAAUAGUAAUAACAAUGGAAUCAUUACUGAACAUAAAAGUAAAAAUAGAAGAAAAGGCGGUAAAAAAGAUUGA